UCACCGUGAGGCAGCAUCUUUGCGUAUCCAUCAUUCAAUUAAAAUGCAAUACUCGUCGCCCCCGUCCGCUGAUAUAUAAUUAGACUGGGGAGCGGGGAUUCCGCUGCCUUUUUUAAGCACAGCUCUUCAGAUUUCACCUCGAAGGCAUAUUUUCAUUGUGUUACUCGUUGGUUAAACAAGGCCGUGUAUCCAUUUGUUAAUUGAUACAAUUACGCAUUAUGCGUAAUGGUCACGUAGGUCUCCAGGCGCGCAUCAAUCACUGGUCUAUUGACCUGCCAAACGCCCCUCCAACAGUUCCUGCUGGGACUGCCCCGCUCUCUAAUAGAGAAGGAUAGAAACAUCAUCGUCAUUAACUCCGGGACGGACCUCUGGCCAGACUGGAGCAGAGGUCGGAUUAAAAUAAUAAUAAUAAAUGCAUAACAAUGCCAGCUCUACAUGAAAUAUGAUAGAUUGUAAACAAUCUAAAUUCUUUGUUGAAAGAAAAUUCUCAAUAAAUUUCAUUAGUUUAAGUGUGAUCGCUGUUUGCCUGCGAGAAAAGAGAAGGAAAGUAAUUUCUUCUGCUCUGUCUGUUAGUGAUAAUCGACACGACUUGCAGAAAUAUCUUCGGUGUUUAUUUUUUUUUUUUCUAACGUAUUUGACUUCAUAAAGAGGUUUCCACAUGUUGCCGUGUUACAAUUCAAUAAAGUGGAACAAUUACAGCAUUUACAAGACUUUUCUCCACGAAUUGGUGAAAUCGUUCUUUCAGAGAAAUGGGAGAAGAGACUUUCUACCGCGCACCUUAAGAAACCCCAGUGUUGGACGUGAUUGGCAAAGACAUUAUUCUAUCCUUGGUACCCUGCCGUUCCGGGAUUACAGUGACGUCACGCUGAUACCCCUGCAUGGAUGAAUGCUAAAGAACUAUAGAGCCACAAAUAAUAGCACAAGCACAGUCCAUAUCUUGCAAGUCUUACGUUAUCCCUUAAGCCUCCUUCAGCUAACACAACAACAAAUUUUUUUGCACUUAAUGACGCUUAAUUUCAUUUCUUAUCGGGUCCUCGGGGGGGAUUAUUCAUUCAUAUAAAACAAUCUGCAGCUGGUGCCAGCCUAAAGUCUCCCUCCUAUGAGUGAAGUCAUCUAUUAUUGAGCGAAAGGCCGUGCGUGGAAAUGUGUGUAAGACGGUGGAUUUGAAGUAGAAUUGGUUGCAAUCGAUCAAGGGUGAAGAAUAUUGCUGAUGGUAACAAAAGAAGCAGCUAUGUCUUUCUCGCAAUUUGGAUAUCCGUACAAUGCAACUUCACAGUUUUUCGUGUCGGCAAACCCCAGUACGACUUGCUGCGAUUCGAUUUCCAGGUCGGUCUCUGACGGGACAGGCGGCUCCCAGACCGCCGCCGCCGCCGCCGCCGCCGCCUCCUUCUGCUGCCCGUCCUACGAGAACCGGCUCCUGGCGAGCAGCCGGACCGAGCUCAACGCGGCGCUGGGGGUCUACAGCUCCCCCUACGCGGCCGCGGCCGCCGCCAGCCAGAACUACGCCAACUACUUCCCCUACAGCACCGACCCGUCCGCCAUCUACUCCACUCUGAACCCCCAGUAUGACAUUAAGGACAGCACAGGCACUUUACACUCUGGCAUCACUCAGACUGCUGCAUACUACCCUUAUGACCAUUCCCUGGGACAGUAUCAAUACGACAGAUACGGGACAGUAGACUUUAAUGGCACGGCCAGAAGGAAGAACGCAACCCGUGAAACCACCAGCACCCUGAAAACGUGGCUGUAUGAGCACCGCAAGAACCCGUACCCCACCAAGGGCGAGAAGAUCAUGCUGGCCAUCAUCACCAAGAUGACCCUCACCCAGGUGUCCACGUGGUUCGCCAACGCCAGGAGGCGGCUAAAGAAGGAGAACAAGAUGACCUGGUCCCCGAAGAACAAGGCCAACGACGAGAGGAAAGAUGAGCUCAACAAGAGUGACCAGGAGUGUGUCACCAAAGACUCGGGCGACUGCAAGGAGGAGAAGGACCUGCAUCUGAGCGACCUGGACGACAUGGACGACGACGACUGUGACAAACUGGACAGCGACUGUGAAAAAGCGGCGGCGGACGAGCGGGACCUGCAGCGGGCCAUGGCCGCGUCCGCGUCCGCGUCCGCAGCGCCUCAAAAGAGAGACUGCGGCUCCGAGCUGCACCUGAGCCUGAGCAACAGCUUCCACGCGUUCCCCGGCGCCCUCAAAAGCGUCGCCGCCCUCCCCCCCCUCCCGCCCGACUUCCUGGACCCCGUUGUGGCCAAGGCGCCCCCGGCGGCGGGAGCCGCGGCCCUGUCCCACUUCGACGCGGCCGAUAAGCCGCGGAUAUGGUCUCUGGCCCGCACGGCGGCGUCGGGGCUCAUUCUGAGCCCGCAGCAGCACAGCUCUGAGCCGAGGACCAGCAACUCGGCCGGGGACUGCCAGCUCCAGAGCGCCAGGCUCACGGCGGCUCCCGCUGGACAGUGUGGCGCAAUGAGAAGCCUCCACGAAGCCGGUGGAAUCACCAAUGCUGAGAGCCCCUUCUCUGAGGGCUCAUCCUUGCACUCUAAAGUUUAUGGCCCUGGCAGCUACAGUCACAAGGGCCUCCAGCUGCACUGUCCAUCCUAUGCUGCCCUCCCAGACACAUGCCAGUACUCCACAAUUGAAGGAUUCUCUGGCGGCAAAGCGGAGGCACAGUCGUCCGACCUCAGUGAGGCCUGUGGGACCCUGCAGGAGGACAAGGUCACUGCAUUCAGACCGGUGAUGAAGAGGUGAAGCAGAUUUCUGAAACCUUCCCUACAAUAAAUAACAGGACAUUAAUUAUGCACUAAAAGACACACUGGCGGAGGGCGUGGCCUCUGGGAGCUACCUGGCUGCUCCAGUGGGAACGGUCAAACUGUGGACGUGGCUAUUUUGCACAGCGUUGUUUGUUUGUUUUUUUUAAAUGGUGUUUAAAUACUUUAUGCAAAAAUUCUAGAUGCAAAGGUAUGAGAAUGGCUAUAUAAAGACGGCCGCAUUUGUGUAUGGCAAUCGUGUUGUGCAACAAUGUAUUUCUCCGUGUAUUUAUUAUUUUGUUGUAUUUCUGUUGGUUAUUUAACGUGCUCCUCGGUUGAAGUCGUAUCCUCGCGUAUCGUUUCGUUACAUGUUGCGUUCUCCUGUGGCUUCGUGUCCCUCCGCUUGCUGUAAAAGAGAAAAAAAAGCUCGUCUGACGUAAAGUUGGCUCCAAACGGACUGGAUCCAGCUCACCCCCCCCUUCCUCCCCCCUCUCCCCCCCGUGUUGCGCGUGGACCUGCAGAUUUCUGUCACUGUGCUACAAUGUGAGUUUCAUUCUGUGUUCGGCAAAAAACAAUUUUUUUUUCUAACAAUACAUUUUUUCCAAGA